AGCAAGUAGAGAAGAAACAUGCAGAUGGAAUGUAAUGGAGAGAGGGGGGUUUGAAUAAAUUAUUUACUCUGUGGGGGAGACUGGAGAGAGGCUGUAAGCUUAAUAAAAUGUUGAUGAGACCCACCACACUCCGGUUGUUUCCUUCAUUCAAAGCUCCUUUUCUCCCCUACUGCUCUUGUUUUCUCCCAACAAGCCUGACGUGAAUCACUCUAAAUGCCGCUACCUCUUCACCACCCCCCACCUUCUUCAAUAAAACCCCAUUCAUUCCCAAGCGUUUCUGAAGUGUCACUUCUCUCGCUCUCUUUCUCUCUCUGACUACAAUGGCGGAAAAGGGGUUUCUUCUUUGCGUUUUGUUUGCUUUCUUCUGCACUUGGGGUGUCUCUCUUGUUAACGCUCGCCGCUUAAGCUUACCCAGAACUACGGUCCUCGACGUCUCUGGUUCCAUUCGGGAAAGCUUGAAUGUUCUCUCUUUGAACCCUCAAUAUGAGCAAAUGGAGUUUCAGCACCAAGAACGGAGUUUUCCGUCUUCCUCUUCUUCUUCGUCACUGACUCUGUCUCUACAUUCGCGAACUUCUAUUCACAAAUCUUCGCACAAAGACUACAAGUCUCUGGUUUUAGCCCGACUCGAGCGAGACUCAGACCGAGUCAGAUCUCUGGCGACCAGAAUGGAUCUGGCCAUUGCGGGCAUUACCAAGUCGGAUCUCAAACCAGUUGAGAAAGAGCUGGAAGCUGAAGCUCUUGAGACUCCGCUUGUCUCCGGAGCGAGUCAGGGAAGUGGUGAGUACUUCUCACGAGUCGGAAUCGGUAGCCCACCCAAACAUGUCUACAUGGUUGUCGACACCGGCAGUGACGUCAACUGGGUACAAUGCGCACCCUGCGCCGACUGCUACCAGCAAGCCGACCCCAUAUUCGAGCCGUCUUUUUCCUCCUCCUACGCGCCCCUCACUUGCGAAACCCAUCAGUGCAAGUCGCUCGACGUCUCCGAGUGCCGGAACGACUCGUGCCUCUACGAGGUCUCCUACGGCGAUGGAUCGUACACCGUUGGAGACUUCGCCACUGAGACGAUUACUCUGGACGGUUCCGCUUCACUGAACAAUGUCGCCAUCGGCUGUGGCCACGACAACGAAGGCUUGUUCGUAGGCGCCGCCGGGUUACUCGGACUCGGCGGCGGCUCGCUGUCGUUCCCUUCUCAAAUCAACGCUUCUUCGUUCUCCUACUGCCUCGUGAACCGUGACACAGACUCAGCCUCGACCCUCGAGUUCAACUCACCGAUCCCUUCUCACUCAGUUACUGCUCCCUUACUCAGGAACAACCAGCUCGACACAUUCUAUUACUUAGGAAUGACGGGAAUCGGUGUCGGCGGGCAGAUGCUGUCGAUUCCUCGAUCAUCUUUCGAGGUGGACGAAAGCGGAAAUGGAGGAAUCAUAGUCGACUCGGGGACAGCCGUGACUCGGUUACAGAGCGACGUGUACAACUCGCUCCGCGACUCGUUCGUCAGAGGCACCCAACACUUACCGUCUACUAGCGGUGUGGCGUUGUUCGACACUUGUUACGAUCUAUCAUCGAGGUCUAGCGUGGAGGUCCCAACGGUGUCGUUUCACUUUCCGGAUGGUAAAUAUUUAGCAUUACCGGCUAAAAAUUACCUAAUACCGGUUGACUCAGCGGGAACCUUUUGCUUCGCAUUUGCUCCCACCACCUCAGCGUUGUCAAUAAUUGGGAAUGUGCAGCAGCAGGGGACACGUGUCAGUUACGAUCUCAGCAACUCGCUCGUUGGAUUCUCCCCCAACGGGUGCUAGGAAUCAGGCCAUUUAGUAUUCCGAUUCUACCCCCGGGGGCUUUAUUUUUAUUUUUGCCUUUUGUCUUUUUUGGAGUAAUGAGUGGAUGGGAAGGUAGGUUGGUGUGGGCCCCACACAAUAAGUGUGCAAGGGAAUGGUGGAGGCGGGCUCACCGGCUCAGCUGGAUUGGUGGAGUCAUUAUGGCAUGUGUACAGGAGAUUCAAAGGGUAGGGUUUGGCCGGACGGUGAAGGGUUUAAAUGUGACCGUUACGGUCUAUUUGUGCGUGUGCUAAUUUUAUUAAGUUAGAAUUCUAAUGCUUUUUA